AUGAACACUUUGAAUACCGCAGAAAUUGCUCUGCCUCCAGUAAAUCGCGAUAUGAGAGAACUUGACCGGUCCUUCUUCAAUGUCAAAUUGCAGGUCUCUGGGCUGACAGUACUCAAUCCUCGGGACAUUCAAAAAGUCAAGGAUAAAUUGGCAGCUGCACACGACCUUCUGGUAACUCCAACCAUUAAGCCGGUCGUCGACGAUGAGGUUCAUCCUGGAAAGAAGCGUGUCCUUCUGAGGCCGCACGUGAGUGCUACGGAUCCUUCGACCUGGAAUCAAAAGUGGAAAGGUAUCAUUGAUGAUGGUUCAACGGAAAUCCAUCCUCACGAGUUGACCAUAACUUACGACAAUUGGUCUAUGAGUGACAUUCUCAACGCUGUAUUACCAGAAGAGCCCCUGAGUGCGCAGGAAGAUACACCUUCUGGGUUCGCUCAGGUUGGUCACGUUGCGCAUCUGAACCUGAAAGAGUCCUUCAACGAGUACAAGCACCUAAUCGGCCAGGUUCUUUUAGAUAAAAACCCAAACAUAAAAACGGCAAUCAACAAAAUACACGAUGUCGGCUCAGAAUCUGUCUUCAGGACCUUUCCUUAUGAGGUAUUAGCGGGUCCAGAUGAUCUAGAGGUUACAGUCAGUCAUCUAGGCUGUCAAUUCAGGUUCAAUUACGCUGAGGUUUACUGGAAUAUAAGAAACAGUCACGAGCACGAGAGGUUGAUAGCGAAGUUCCAGAAGAAUGAAGUCGUGUGCGAUGUAAUGGCUGGAGUGGGUCCUUUUGCGUUACCAGCCGCGAAGAAAGCGAGCUACAAAGCCAUGUGUAAUGCCAUACAUGUCAACAAGCUCUCGCAUCAUGUGUACGCUUUCAACAUGGAUGGAGCUCAGUUCAUUCGCAGUGCUGCACAGACUCUGUUACGGACACAAAGACGCUACGAACAAGUACCGGCCACCUCGAUACCCCGUAAUGCGACAGAGAAGCAGAGACAGAAGCUCGCCGCAGAGAUGAAGGCGGCUGCCGUAACACGUGUCGAACCUCCUACCUUCGAUCAUUUCGUGAUGAAUCUACCUGCUAUAGCUGUUGAGUUCCUCCACGCUUUCAGAGGUCUGUAUCAUGGCCACGAGCGGCUCUUCGGAGGUUCUGAGGGACGCAGGCUUCCAAUGAUCCACGUUUACUGUUUUCAGGCACGAAAGGAUGAUGAAAGCGAAGAGCGGGAGGAGCUACUACAGAGAAUAUGCGGCCACCUUGGACAUCAAUUGUCACCAGAUGAGGUCGUGUUAGAACGUUUGAGACUGGUAGCACCAAAAAAACUAUACUAUUGUGCUUCUUUCCGCCUGCCAGGAGCCGUCGCUUUUGCCGCACCCAGAGACACAGAGGAAGUGCCUCUUCUUGAGCUUUUCGAGACGGUCGGUCCUACCAAGGCUAGAUGA